UUCUAUGUGCUCUCCUCCUCUCACCUUUUCCCUUCGCUUGUGGACUUGAGUGCACAACACAACAGUUGUCAGUGACCAGUCAAAAAAAACUUUCCAAGCCAAAGCUUCAUACCAUAACCACUAAACCGCUUCACACAGCCUACAUCGUUGUCACCAUAUUAGCUUACAUCAUAGUCAACAUAGCUACUAGAAAUAACGUGUUAGUAAACCCGCUACACUCACGCAGUACAGUGUACAGCAAGCAGUUUAGCAGUUACACCGGUGGGCCCCGGUGACAAUAUAAAAAAAUGAAAGCUUACCUAGACUUGGAAGAGUUUCAGUGUUGGAUAGCCUUAGCCAGCUAGCUAACAUAAGUAACAUUCCUCUCUGUUUGAGCCAGGUGUUUAAGUAGGCUAAAUUAAAUAGCUGCAUUAUCUAGAAAGUGAACAAAAUGCAGCUCUCUCUCUCUCUGCUGCUUCUCCUUAUUUUUUAAAGAAAUGAAUAUUUUCAAAACUGUUCAACUAUUGUCUUUCUCUUUGAGUCAACUACUCACCACAUUUUAUGCACUACAGGGCUAGCUUAUGUUUUCACUCCUAUAUUCAUUCUCUGAUCCAUUGAUUGGAUGGGCAACAUGUCAGUUCAUGCUGCAAGAGCUCUGAUUGGUUGGAGGACUUCCUCCGUAAGCCAUCAUAAUUACUGUGCAGGUCUAUGGUAGGGGGUGAGAACCAUGAGCCUCCUAGGUUUUGUAUUGAAGUCAUUGUAAACAGACGAGGAUGGAAAAUAGCUGUCCUCUGGUUACAACAUGGUGCUACCCCAGAGUGUGUUGUUGAGGCUACUGUAGACCCUCAUUGCAAAACAGUGCAUUUUAAUUUAGUAUAUUUAGUAUAGUUUGAUCUAAAAAAAAAAGAUCACUUUUUUAAUGUUUCACCCCAAAAAUUUAAAUGAAAUUCACUGAGGAUGGUCCUCCCCUGUUUUAUUAUAGCUUAAAUGAAUUGUAGUUAUUUUUGAGUUAUUACUGUGUUAUUAUACAAUUUAGUGAGACUAAAAGGGCCUUAAAUAACAUAAUUUGAAACUUUUAUACAAACCUUCUUUACAUAUUGUUCCACCUACAUUGUAGUGUCUGUACUCAGGGUGUUGCAUUGAGUUAUGAUAUAUUAUUAUUUGAGUGCAUUAUGUCAGUCAUAGCCUAUUAUGACUUUGCCUGAUUUAUGUUAGUAUACCUUAGUAGACAUAUUUGUGUAAUAUUUGUUGGACCUACAUAAAGAUGUUAUAUUUUUUCUCUCAAUCAUUGAAACACUAAUCAUAGACUCUCUAAUGUGAUUUUAAUUAUGUACCCUACUUUUUGAGCAUUGUACUGCCAUAAUAAAUGUUUGAUAUUUUUGUAUUCCUUUUGUUGUUUUUGUUGUUUGUAAUCGUUGGUCAUUUUUUUACAAGUACAUGGCCUACAUUUCUAUUCGCUAUUGUUGGAAACGGCUUGAGUGACAAGUCCUGCGCUCUGCGCAUUGGCUAGAGACGUUGUGACGCAAAUAUACCGCUGACCUGGUCUGGCCUCUGUUUCACCCGCACUGGAAGCGCGACGCGCGGACAUUUGGAAAGAAUCAACCGACCUGCAGCAGUUGGGACUAUUGGCAGUCACAAUUUACAAUAUAAUAACCGAACGAAGCCUUCAAACUACCUGCAACACCGACCGUAUGUGUUUUCUUCAGAGAAUGGAGACUCUUGCAGUAAUAACAUCACCUCAUGAGCUGAGACAAUGAACAGGACGGCUAGCCUAUCAGGGGAUACCCUGAUUGCGUGUCACUUCCCCCUGGUGCAGCUUCCCCCCUGGCAGCUUCCUGUGCAGGCAGCUCUGUGCAGUGGCUCUGCCAGCUCUGCCAAGCAGCCUGGUCGGCUGUGCUCCAGCUCCGUAGGUCUGACCCGUGCCGCCUCCCUCCCCGAGCAGGACAACCUCCACAGAGAGCCCUUCCACAGCAGCCUCAGACACAUCUCCUCCAGCUACUGGAGCCUCAAGGAGGACCGGAGCGAGGAGGAGGGGGACGGGGAGGGGGGCAGCGACAGCAGCGGGAGGUGUGACUCUGGAUCCUCACCAGAGGAGGCGUCACAGAUGAUCAUCUCCCAAAGACAUAAAGAACACCCUGUAGUUAAAGGUUCUUUACGGUCACACAACUCCUUCCUCCCGAAUGAAGGGGUGGAAGAAGAUGAGGAGGAUAGUGAUGGAGAUAACCUGCACAGAUACCACGAGGACCCUUUUUUUGUGCUGCAGCUGCAUGGGAACUCUAACUGGGCCCUGAGUAAUGCUGGGAGGCAGUUCUCCAAACCUUCUAGCCAAUCAGCCAGUCAGCAGAACAAUGACAACAAGGGUAAUACUGUGUUGUUGGACUGUGGGGAGCAGGAGAGAGUAGUGGAUAUUGAAGAUAAUAUGUUCACAUGUGGUAAUGAGGGCUACUGCUUCAGCUAUGGCCAACCAAAAUGUUUCCCUGAGUCUUUCUCUGAGGGUCAUUUAGAGUAUGUCACAGACUCCUCCUGCAACAGCUCUGAUGGGGUUCUCGUCAACUUCAGCGCUAUCUACAACAAGAGUAACAACCCUGCCACCCCAAAUGACCUCAGCUGCCCUGCAGUACAGUCCUCCCAGCCAGUAGAGGGCUCUGUCUUCCUAAACCUGCACCCAUUCUCCCAGGAGUCCCAGGGGCCUCAGGCUGCUGGACCCAGUCAGGGGAGCCGAACAACCUCCUCUCCUCAUGACAGGGGGACUUCUGCCCCCUGCUGGUCACCGCAGGCGCUGGACUCCAACUGUAACAUCUACCUUCCCGAUGCCCAGAGCCUCCUGUCCUCUCUGGAGGUCUCUGACCUCACUUCCUGUCUCCAGAGCCAGGCCAGGCUGCUGCCCACAGGGACCACCCAGAAGUACUACAAGCUGGUGACUUGUGACCUCUCAUCCCAGUCAGCCUUGCCUAGCCCGGCCUUGUCCAGCACCACCAGUGUCACUUCAGAGGGCCACUACGUCCUCUUCAAUAAGGCCCGGGGAGAUCAGGGCCGGGGGAACAAACAGCAGGAAGAAGGCUCAGACAAAGAAGGGAGGAGAGCUGCCCCAUUGCACCGUCCUUGCUGUAUGAGCUGGGACUCCCAACAUGUCACCUCCUUCGCUGAGAUUGCACACUGUAAGAGACAUACAGACAGCUGUCAGAGCUCCAGCCACUCCCACAUCUCUCAGGACCUGUGUCCCAUCCAGGAGGCAGUUUCCCUGGGCCAGAAUAGCAGCCACUCCCCCCUACUCCUGAGUCCCAACCAAGGCAGUAGCACUGUGUCCAACCACCCUUCUGUGUCACCAGACCAUGAGACGGAGGAGGAGGGGGCGUGUUCAUGGGCAACUCCUGUAGUGCGGUACAGUAAGGCUCAGAGGCCCAGCUCCCUGCCCAUCCAGCCCUUUGUCCUACUUCCUCCAGCGGGUAAACCUCAGAGCCAGCCCCUGGGCUCCCAGCUGGACCAGUACAUCAGCCACAAGAACACCAAGCCCAGCUCCCAGCCAGGGUUCAAGUGCAAAGGCAACAGACUCCUGACCGACCUGCGUCCUUCACCGCUGGGCAGCUAUGGAGCCAUCCUCCUGGAGGGCCCCUCUAGCUCUGAUACCUGCUCCACCUGCACCCCCAGUCCAGAACACUUCCAGUCCAGACGCAACUGGACACACUCCAGUCCUUACAGGCCCUACAGUAGCCAUGGCUUUACUUUUACCGGUCCAAAACAAGCUCACAUAAGCACAAUACAAUCUAAUACCGAACUAACCCAGGUUCAUUCAUGCCAGGACCAGCUCUUUGCAGACCUAGACCAAAGCUAUCCCAGCCCAGGUCAGGCCCACAGUAGCCCAAACCAGUCUCAAUGUAAAGAUUCAACCAAACGUAGCCAAGGUAUGGCUCAGAUCUGCCAAGAUCUCAUUCGCCGGUUUCCAGAGCAGCCGAGCCCCAGACCAGUCCUCCUGACCCACAGCCCUGACUGCCCCGUUGACUCGCAUGUAGCAACCAUGUCCCCCUCUGCCAGUCACACCCCUCAUCCAGACCUGCUGGUGUCCUUCUCUCCAGACACACCCUUACCGCCCCACAAGAGAACCCCACUAACCUCAAUACCUAAGGCUGGGUCUGCAGCUUCUCACUAUAGCCUGACAGCUGCUCUCUCCUCAGUGGCCCAUAUGUCCUCUCUGAGCACCCUCCUGCAGCCCCUGGUGUUAGCAGGGCCCAGUGUGAAGCAGCAUCAACAACAGCACUGCGACUCCUUCAGCCUGAGUGACAGUUGGCCACCUGUGGAGUUCUGCCUGUCACCUGAAGCCUCCUACGAGUCUCUGUCCAUCAGCCAUCUGCAGAGGAGAGGUCUGCUGAAAUCUGUGAGCUUGGCAGUGGAUUUGAUCAUGGCUCAUUUUGGCACCAGUCGAGAUCCUGGGGAAAAGAUGUGGCUAGGUACCACCAUUGGUGGUCUUGUUCUGGAGCAUCUGUGUCCCACCAUCCAGAACAUUCUGCAGGAUGGUCUCAGGGACCACAAACUGGACCUGAUCAUCGGUCAGCGACGCAACCAUGCCUGGAACGUGGUGGAGGCCUCCACUCACACAGGCCCUACCACCCGGGUGCUCCACAGCUUGCUGUCCAAGGUGAGGCAGUGCUCCCUGCUGACCAGCCACUGUAUGAAACUACGAGCCUUCAUCAUGGGCCUGCUCAACCUGAGGACCUUGGAAUUCUGGCUGAAUCACCUCUACAACCAAAAAGAGGUGGUGAAAGAUCACUACCAUCCAUGGGGUUUCCUCGCCAUGUCGCAGGGGCAGUGUCAGCCUCUGUUCCAAGAGCUCCUCCUCCUGCUGCAGCCUCUCUCCAUGUUACCCUUUGACCUCAACCUGCUGCUGGAACCCCGCCUGCUACACAACAGACAGCUCUGCUCUGAGGAACAAUCUCCACCAUGCUCCACUUUUCUCAUGACCAGUUGUCCCCUGUUGAAAGGAGACAGAGAAGACAGACAGGGGGCAUAUAGCUCUAUGGAUGGACCCAGGGAGAACAGCAGGCCAACAGGUGAACUACACCAGCUGGUACAGCAUCUUCAGGGGUCCUCCCAGGUCUCAAAGGCCAUGGGUCAGGAGAAGAGGGUGAGGCCUGUAGGUGAGUCUAGCAGGAGCCUGUGGUCAGCCGCUAUUCCAGGGUGUUGGCAGAGACAACCUUCCCACGCGGAGAGGGGGGAAUGUGGACAGAUUUACAAGCAUGUCAUCCACCCUGAGCCUCAGCAGAGGAUGGAGGGGAGGAGAGAAGAGGUGACUUCACAGGAGGGCAGGACGGAGGGAAGGGUUCCAGAGACCCCCAGGAUGACGGCAGACCCCCAGGAUGAUAGCCCUUCCCAGGGUGGGCUACGCUGGGCCAAGCUCUUUGGAUCAGGAAGGGACCACCCUGCCAGGACACAGAGGGCACCCCAAAACCCCAAUGGGACACAGACCCAGAAAAGGAGACCUUCACAGUGGCUGCAGUUGGACAGUUCUCAGCUGGGCCUAUUGGCCCAUACAGUAUGGUCAGGGAAACAGCCUGACCGGAAACACCAAACAUAGACCUAGUGCCCCAGGACCACAAUGGAGAGGGGUAGGGAGAAGAAAAGAUACACUACCAAAAAUGUCAACUGCAUGAUCCUGAGUCAGUCUUAUAGUGCAAAGUGUUACACACAGACACCUCAGCUAGAACACACUCACACUGGUCAGAAAAGCACAGUAGACCAUUUGUUACUGUCUGAGCAUGGGUGAUACAUUUACCCAAAUGUCAUUUUAAGGCAAUAACAACUCUACGAUGUUUAGUUAUAUUUACAAGUGCUUCUGUUCAUCUGUCAUGAAUUGGGAUUCAUGCAAUAGAUUCUCUCUGUGCACCUGUCAAUCAAACUGUGGUCAAUGAGAGGCUCCACCUAUGCUACAGUCUUGCCUUAGGAUCUGAAAGCCUUGUGGACCAGUCCAGACUCUCCAUAAGAAACCAAUUAGUAUUUAAUGGAGCUGCAUGCAUACCAUACAGUAGCAUCCUAUUCUCCUAAUAGUAUCAAUCUGUCCUCUACCUUCCAACCCCUAUGCCCUGUCUAUUCUAUGUGCGAAUGGAAUGUCAACAAAAAAAUGCAGAAAGGCAAUCUUUACUAGCCAUGUUAACUAGUGCCAAAUAUUAUGCCACUCAGCAGCCUUGUACAGUGGCUUAUCUUCCAAAAUGAGGUUGCCUUCAUAUUCAACUAGACAAAGUCAAUACAUGUUUGUGAGGUAAUCCAGACUAGCAAGGUAAGAUUUCUGUGCAUGUGUAUAAAAAAUAAUAUAUGUACGUUCAAGGUGUCAUUAGGUGCUAAUUUAAUCCUAAUAUGGUUCUUCUACCUACAUCAAUAUCCUAAUAUAUUGUUUUUUUAUGAUAGAGAAGUAGAGUUUUGUAAAUAUUUAGGUAAUCAAAUUCUAGAAUUGUGGAACCGUUAGUCUCCAAAUCGAGUGUCGUUUUCACAAUAUUAAGCUAUCAUGGUGUGUUUCAGGUGUACACUGUUUUGAUAGGCCAGUAGUACUAAGCUAAGGAGUCAAAUAAAGUUUGAAAUUGCUUGACAGGAAUGACUUGGUUAUUAUAACCUCUGCAAUAAUGUGAAAGUGAGUUUAUCAAACCCCUCUCAUCUUUCCUCCCCAACCUAACUGUACUUAACCCUACAACCUCAGAAGAAUGCACCCUCUGAGUGGAAGUUCCCUGUGACAAUCAACCUUUGCAAAUAAAGAUAAAUCAAUAAGUUA